UUUAUGUGUGUUAGAACGAGAACAAGAAUAUACUCCAACAUGAAAAUCUCUACAUCUGUCUUAUUCAUGUUUGUACUAAAGAAAUGGCAUUAAAGUUAUGUACUAAAAGAAAAAGAAGUAUUUUUCUUCACUUCAACUUCAUCUGCUCACUCUUUCAGUCUCAUUUAAUAAAUUUUGUUUUACAUCUGCCACCGAUUUUUACAAAGCAAAAGCAAGCACAGUCGAAGACGCGUAGGGGUAGAGUAUUGUAUUAUAUUAAAUUGUAUACUUUUCGUGUGUUGUUGGUUUUGUUUUGUUAUUAUUUUUUGUAAUACAAAAAAAAAAACUCAAGUUAUCCACAACAAUUGAAAGAAAAAAACCAUGAAUAUAAAACAAUUCGAUGUUAUUGUUUUGCGAAAUUAGCAUUCUAACUGCAAAUAUCGUUCGUUCGGUCUAAAAUUGAAAAAAUUCAAAAAGGGAAUGUUUUCGGCUGAGUGAAGUGCUGUGUGUUUUUUUUUCCUUUUUUUUUCAUUUUCCUGUAAAAUUUUUGUGAUAUCGGUGAUAUACAUAAAAUGUUUCAUUUAAAUUCAUCUGAAAGAAUGUUUCUUUAGAACUAUAAAACCUUAAAAAGACAAAAAUAAGCUGUGAAAUUAAGAUACAAUGCGCUCUUUAAGCUUACAUUAUUUGAUUGCGUUGUGCCUUUUGUCAAAUUGUACUGGUAACACCGGACAUAAACUCCAAACAUUCGAUUAUCACAAUUUUUCAACACAAUUCUCUGAAGCGGAACCAGUUUCUUCUUUAUUGAACGAUGAUAGUUUUGAUAAAACAAAAGACACAAUUCCUGUUUUUGGCAGCCCAAUUUUGAAAAGUGAAGAAAGUGAUCAAUUAAAUAAUGAUGAAUAUAUUGCAAGACCUGAUCCCGAUGAGAAACAGGACUUUUUUCAAUAUCCAGAUGGAUUCGAUGAAACUGAAGAUGCCAAAACAUUUAAACAUCAAGAGUAUGAAGAAAAUCCAUUGGGUUCUAGUUUAGCAGCUUUUGGAUCAAAAAUUAGUGCCAAAGAUGUCGGAUCGACGUUACCAGUUUUUCUAAACGAACCACAAAAUUCGUUUGUUGUUAAAAAUAGACCUGUUACAUUGAAAUGUAAAGCAGCAUAUACUCUUCAGGUUCAUUUUAAAUGCAGUGGAAGCUCACAACCACCACCCUCUGUUCAUGAGUCUCAUGUUGACCCACACAGCGGAGUGCACAUGGAAGAAGUUACAGCAACUAUUCAUCGAGAUUUGGUUGAUGAAUAUUUUGGAAAAACUCCCUUUCAAUGUGAAUGCCAUGCUUGGUCAUCAAGAGGAGUAACCAAAAGCCAAGCAGCUACUAUAAAUGUUGCAUACAUUCGAAAACAAUUUGCCGUUUCACCCACCUCACUUCGGGUUGAAAUCGGUUCGCGAGCUGAACUACAUUGUAAGCCACCGAAUGGAAUACCCACACCUACUAUUAAAUGGUAUAAGAAUGAUUUCCCAAUAAUAGACGUAGAAGGCGUUGAAGUAACGAACGAUGGAAGCCUAGUUUUGAAUAAAGUAUCUUUGCAGGAUAUGGCCAAUUACACGUGCUAUGCAGAUAAUAUUGCUGGAAAACGGAUUUCGGACUCAGCUGUGCUCAUUGUUUAUGUUAAUGGAGGAUGGAGUUCAUGGAGUCCAUGGAAAGAUUGCAAAUGUAUUGGAAAACCAAGUCAAGGACGUAAAAGAUCAAGAACUUGCAAUAAUCCUAUGCCCUUAAAUGGCGGAAUAGCUUGUAAUGGACCACAAAUUCAAAAAUCUUCAGAUUGUCUUAGUUGUCCAGAAGACAUCCAUAUAAUUAACUCGGACAGCUCAGAUGCAUUUUCUGCAGGACGAUGGUCGGUAUGGGGUGAAUGGAGUUCAUGCUCUGCUGACUGUAUACAAGUACGUCGUAGGAAAUGUAUUACUCAGUCGGUGGAUGAUGCUUUAAUGGAUAGUGGCAGUGCACACUCGCUAAACAAUGGCUUUGUAAAAUCAUUGUGUUCCGGAAAAGAUUUUCAAACAGCAGAAUGCAGAGGGGAGCUUUGUCGUAUAGGAAAAAGUGAUUCUGAUUGGGCUUUGUAUUUGGGCCUCGCUUUUAUAGCGUCUGUGUGUAUGGCAUUUGGAGUUGCAAUAAUAUGCUGUGCUCGAAGAGGCAUUACCAACAGUCCCGACUACAAUAUUGCUAGAACAGUCUUGGAAUCAAAAUAUGUUGGAAGUAGUGAUAAGAAAAUGAUUCAUAGGAACUACGUUGCAGAUGGAAAUGUUAACUAUGACUACGCCAAUCCUGGUCAUACUUCAUUGAGUGGUGAACAAGCAAUAUCUGAACACCAUUACGAUGUUCCUAAUUUAUCGACAAACUACACAAAUCCAAUUGACGGUAUCAGUGUGGACUACAUAAGUGAUACAGCAGAGACAUCUACUUGUACAUCUGAUUCAACAGACUACGACUAUGCAACGAAACAAAAAUGUCUUUCAGUGUCUAAGCGGUCCUGUAAAAUGAGCUCUAUCAAAGAUGUUUUCAAUGAAGCUGGUGGAUAUCUCCGCUUGUACGAUGGAAAAGUAACUCUAUACGUUCCAGAAUUCGCCUUAGGAAACUAUGACAAGAAAGGUGUUUCUAUAGCUGUUCUCGGAGAAGAAUUUUCCAGAAUCAAUGUAAAAUCCUUCGACUCAAUGCUCAUUACUAGCACAAUAGUCUCAUGUACACCACUAAAAUUUAAUUUCCUUAAGCCUUGUAUACUAAAGAUUCCCCAUUGUUUAACAAAUCCAUCAUUGUGGAAUAUAAGUGUGUACAGUUCAGAAGCAAGUAACAACGACAUAAAUGUUAAAUGGGAAACAAUAACUAAAAUAGGUGUUAGUACGAAUACUUCUAAGUUUUUUAUAAAAGUUGAUAAACAUUUUGCUUAUAUAAUGACAGAACGGAUGGGCCGUUUUGCUAUUUUAGCCCAACCCGAUCCUAGUAUAGAAAAUUUAUCGAUCGAAAUGAAAUUGUUAGCAUUUGGCCAAGUUGCUCCUAACUGUGCUGUUGGUAGUCUGCGCGUUUAUAUUGUCAAAGACUUUCCAAAUAGUUGUGAAAUUUGUUCUCGCAUUGAGUCCCAACUUGGCGGUUCAUUUAUGGGAGAAAGCGAAACAUUUUCAUUUAGUUUAAACGAGAGUGAUCUAAACAUUCGAAUACGUUCCACGGGUGAAUGGGAAGCACCAAGUCACUUGCAGGAACAAGUGAUACCAUAUAAUCAUAUACUUAGCAACAACUCCAUACUACAUUGCGAAUUUAAUUUACGACGAAAAGAAUCACAUUUUAUGGACAUUAGUUUAGAAAUAGAUUUUUGUCAAGCAAACAGCGAAAAGGGUUUCAAUUCAUUUGCUGUGCCACAAAGCAGUCUUCAUACAUCACAUACUCCCGAAAAUGAGCGCCAAGUGGUGUUUGUUAAUAAAAAGGGUUGUUAUAUCAACGAAAUAUACACAGACUCAAAGAUUCCCAGAGAAAUCAAAAAUAUAUUAUGUGUGACCCUUGAUCCUUUGCGUGUGGAUAAAAAUGAUUGGCGAACUCUAUCGAUUAAAUUAAAUUUAUUAGAAUACAUCGAAUAUGGUGCAUCAAGACCUAAUCCAACAGAAAACCUUCUCAAUUUGUGGGAGUGUAGAAACACCAAUGAGAAAAAUAUUCACGAUCUAGUUCGUAUACUGAAAGAAAUGCAUAGAGAUGAUAUAGUUGAUUUGAUUGAAAAAAGUGUUGGUCCUAUUUGGCUUUAAACAACAUAACAGAACAACAGCUUAGAAUUUACUUGAUAGAGAACAGCUUUAAAGAUUAAAAAAAGAAAAAAAUAUUUUACACACAUAAGCAUGUAGUUUGUAUAUUUGUGGCCAAAAAUUAUACAAUAAGUAGGUUAAAGUAAGUACAUACAUAUAUAUAUUUAAUUGCUUUAGUCGAUAUUGAACAAAAUAGUUCUUAAUAUACAUCUAUAAAAAAUAUAUUUAGAGUUAAACGGUUAGGUAUAUAGGUAUUAUGGGAGCCUUUCGUAAUUUUUGUGGGCUAUUUUUAUACGUUAACAAAAAAAUGUUCUUUGAUAUUGUUGUUCUCAUUCUUUUAUUUUUGUUUUGUUAUUAAUCAAUUGCCAUUGUUUUGAUAUUCAACAUUCGGGGCCUAUUUCAAAGCUUACUACAUUGUUUAUAUCAGCUACAUCAAUGACUUUGAACAUUAAUUGCGGCGGCCUGUUGGACUUCCCGAAGUACUUUUUUGAACAUUUGCACUAUUUAAACCAAAACAAGUACAUAUUUCCCGACGUUCAAUCAGACUCAACUAUUGGGUUUUGAGGUGGCUGAUGUAGUUAAUGUAGCUGAUGUAGUUGAUGUAGUAAGCUCUGAAACAGGGCCCCGAUUUUCUUUGGUGCCCCGAUUUGAUUUUCUAUAUUCUACAGCAAGAAAUAAGAUUCAUAGUUUCCUUGAAGAAUAUUUUCAGUAUGUUAUUCUCAAUACUCUUUCAAAUUGUAUUGACAAAUGUUUGAUUAAAGUUCUUUACCCACUCAUUCAUGUUAUACAUUCCAUUUACCCCAAAUUUGUAAUUCAUUUUUAAGUUAUUUGAACCCAAAGAUAAAACAGUCAAGUAGAAUAUAUAUCACGAAUUCUGAAAACUAGGGUUAACUCCUUUUUGAUACAAUAACGCUCUGACAGUCUUCAAGGUCCAUUUUAGAGAAAAGCUACGAUACUUUUAACCAAAUCAUGACGACAAAAAAGUUUAUAAAGGCUGCAUAGUGAAAGAUUAUAGGAUGGUUAUGUAAGGUAGAAAUGGCUGUCAGGAAAACGACUGACACACUUAGACCACUUAUUGGUGCGUUGUGAUACCAUGAUUAUGCAAUCAUGUAAUCAAACCGAGAUUGUUUUUUGAAUUUGUGUUUGGCUCUGAUGGGUCAACUCUGUUUUUAAUGUUUGAGCUACUUGUAAAAUGAGUAUCUAGUAGCAGAUUGAGUGAUUCUUCACAGGAGUUGGUCCAGGCCCCGUUAUUUGUUUUCAAGGUACUGGGCAUUAAAGGGUUUGUUGAGAGAAUUUUUCUUAAUCUAGAGGCUUCUGAAGAGUCUUCUAUUUUGUUACAGAAAUUUCUCCAAGAAGAUGUUUUACAUUUUCUUAGCAGUUUUUCAGGGAUACUUUGUAUAAGUCCCAGUCUGAAACAUCUCUAGUGAAUUUGGCGAGAUUGAAAAGUUUUCUACAAGCUUUCCUGUGCGGUUCUAGCCCUGAGUUCUACAAGUGUGGCUUCUGCUUUCCUGUUACUUGUAUGAGUGGGCGGGAGUAAUUCAUUGAUAGGUUAAUGGCAGAAGUGAGAUCGUUGACAUUGUUGUCGAGAUCAGUUGUAUUUGAGGGACGACUUAGAAUUUCGGGCUUGAAUAAGCUUUUCAGAGUUUCCCUGUAUCUUUGCCAGUUAGUUUAGGAUGGUCGCCAGUAGUUUUUAGAGCCCCCGCACACUACAAACUUUCUAUCGGCCGACAGUUUAGUCGGUCUCUUAAUCAGAAUGAAAAUGUAUGAGAGCGCGCACACUACAACGAUUAAGUAUCGGCCGAUCAAAAAGUUUGUUUGAUCGAAAAAAAAGUUUGUUUUGCUACACAAUUGCCUUCAAACUAAAAUAUUUCCUAGCGACCCGAUUGUUUAGUCGGCUGCCUGUGCGCACACUAGGAGCCCAACCCGACUAAACUAUCGGCCGAUAGAAAGUCUGUAGUGUGCGGGGGCUCUUAACGACGACUCUACAAAACUAAGUGAAUAUGCUUUUUCUCCUCCAGCGAAACCUACUUGAAUCAUUCAAAUUUGAUCACAAGAUUGAGCUACUUAUGAUGAUUUACAUUGAGAGUUAACGUGGGAGAGUGAAUGCAAUCUACACAGAGAAAAAAAAAAUAACUAUUUUAAUAGUUAAAACCGGGAUAACUAUUUUAAAUAGUCAUUAUUGAAUAUUGACUAUUAAAUAGUCAUUAUUGACUAUUUAAAAUCAUCGAAAAAGUGGAGAAGAUUAAAAUCUUGUUUUCCUUUGGCUUUUUUUGCCGCAAUGGUUGUAGCAAUGAAACAAUCCCGACGUUUCGACAGGGGUUGCUGUCUUCUUCAGGGGAUCUUUAUUUUAACCAAAUAAAAACAAAUAAUUUAUUAACAAUUGUGUAACAACUUAAAACAAUAUUGCAAAAAUGCAAACUUACGUUAUAUAAAAAUAUAACAAAAAUUGUAAAUAAUCUACAUUAAAAGCAAAAAAUUUAAAAAUGAAAUAAACUAUUAAAAUAAUCACAUAUAAAUAUUUUAAUAGUUAAAAUUGACUAUUUAAUAGUUAAUUUGGAGAAUACGAGUAGUUCAAUUGACUAUUGAAAUAGUAAAAAUAAAAUUUUUUUUUAAUUUUUUUAAUAGAGUUAUCCCGAUAAUAACUAUUUUGUUCUCUGAGUGUAAUACCCAUGACACCAGUGGCAGUAGCCUUCAUGUCGAACUGCUAUUAGACACAUACAAUCGUAAAUAAGUUAAUCCAAAACGAGAUUUAAAGUUGUAUAUUCAAAAGAGUUACUGAUAACUUCGAACAGUAUUGUCCUCACUGUUCAGAUAUCUUGAACUCUUUGAUUUGUGAGAUGGAUGCUGAGGAGUUAAAGAGACUGUGACCUUUUUAUAUACUGGAUGUAGUUAUAACUUAAAAGUUUGUGCUCGAGUCCAAUUUUAAACAUCGUUAGUUUAUAAUACACAGCGUUAGCUGGAACAACCCAAGAAUUCCUUUUUUUCUUUUGCUUUAUACAAAUAUGUUGCAGUUGGUUCGAAUUUUAUCGACUUCUUCUGAUUUGAAAAUAUGAAAAACCUUUCUUUUGAAUUACAGACAAUUAUCGGAGUAAAUAAUUUUGUUUUGUAUCAGAAAAAUGUUUUCGCCUGGUUUAUUGAAAUGUAUUCUUUUAUUUUCGCCAUUCACCAAUGCUGAUAUCAUCCAUCUGAAUGAGUUUAAGAUUCAUCUUAAAUGAAAUUUAAAAAAAAUCGCUGAUUACGGCUACUUGCGAAAAAGUUUGUUGACAGUCGAUUACUUAUUUUUAAGAGAAAAUCUCAUUUUGAAACAAUGGAACAUUCAUACUAAAAGAGCUUUAGGCAGUGUGUGAAUUGGGUUAAAUAUUUAGCCUCUGUUAAGUUUUGGACACUAUUCAGCUGUAUGGCUUAUUGCUUAAUAUGUUUCUCUGCCUAUUUGCCUCUUUUCUGCCAUGGUACUCCUUUUUAAUAAAAAAAAAAAAAACAAA